AUGCGGAUACCAAUACUGUUUACCGCUUUUCUCGCAUGCAUUGCCGCCGAAGGAGAAGAAGCCACUGAAAAGCCAGCACUUAUGGAAAGAUUGGUUAAAACUCUUCCUCAGAUUCCAAAUGUUAUUAAAGGCCAGAUGGAGGGAAGUCCCGAAGAAUUAAAGUAACAUAACUCUCGAUUUGUUAACUCACAUUAUUCUCAAAAACUCAAAAAUUUCCAGAAAAAUGAUUUCAAGCAUGUUGGGUGAUGGUUUAUUGAGUCAACUCGUAGUGAAUCCAAUGGGUGUUGCUGAAAAUAUGGGUGUUCCUUUGAAUGAUCUUGGAAUCAAUACUACUUCUAUUGAUCAAACUGUUGGAAAAGCAACUAGUACAGAAGCUAAAGAUUCAGGACUCGGAAAUAUUAUUAGCGCGUUGUAAGUUGAGAAUGUAUGAAUUUUUGAAGAUCUGCAAAUUUUGAAAAUUGUAGAAACAAAACCAAAUUCGUUCUUCUUCCACAUGAAAAGUCUCUUCAUUUUCAGCAUUGGUGGUGGCAAACCAGCUACUACAACACCAUCCGUCCUCUAUGUUGACGGAGUUCCAGUAAAAAAUAUGGAUGAAUUCAUCCGUCGCCAUGACCUUGAAAAGCACGGAUACAGCACAAAAAGUCCACCGACAACCACAACACCAUUGAGUUCUGAAAAAAUUGCCGAGGUUGUUUUGAACCGUCUCAAGAGUCAGGAAACACCAGUUCUCGCUGCUCCACCACGUCAAGGAGAUCUUGACAGCAGUUUGGAUAUGAAUAUGAUUGAUCCAAGUCGAGUUGCUGAAGUGAAUAAAUUGCUCCGUAGAGCUCCACAAAAAUUCCGUGAGAUUUUUUGAAUCGACUUAUUGAGAUAAUAAAAGUGAACUUUUCAGCUGCUAGUUCGCCAUUAGAUAUUGAAGUUGGACCACCAGGAUUUGUUCAAUCGUUGGACCCAGCAAUCGAUGAGGUUGUCACAAAUCUUCGAACCAGAGGAGGAUACGGACUCUCUGUUGAUGUGAGAAUUUUCCCUGAAAGAUAAUUUUGAAAAUCAAACUGAUUUUAGGAUGUUAAACGACUCCAGAAUAUUUUGCAAACCUAUGAACAAACAUUGCAAACCAAAGAACUUCUCACAAAACGCAAACAGCUUCAAGUUUUAUCAACUGAAUUGACUGAGCAAAGAAAAAGAAUUGAAGUGCAAAAAAGAAUGGAAGAGGAUCUUCGGAAAAAAGAGAAGGAGUUGGAAGAUGCACAAAUGAGAAUGGAACAACAAUUGAGAGAUCAAUUGAAUAGUUGGCAUAGUUCUUUCGGACCAACUGGACAGGUUUGUUGGGAUUUAGGAUAGAGUAUUGAUUUUACUGUGAAGUCAGAAAAUGUAGACUUCACCAAUCCACCAAUCCUCAAACUAAUUUUUUUCUAGAGACCUGCUGCUCCAUUCGAUCUUGCUGGCGCUGCCCCACCAUCUCCGCCAACUAUCGAAACUCGAACUACUCCAAUCCCAACCACAACCACAACUGAAUCCAUCGCUCCAGAAAUCACAUCAUCUCACGAGAGAAAACUUUCCGAAGAGCGCGAAAACAUUGUUGAACAACAAAUGCAACCAGUUCCUCCACCACAGCCGAUCAAGAUUAGUAGCGCACUCAGACAUCAUAUCAGAUAUUCACCAACUCAACAAACCGCAUCAGAAGUUGUUCCACCAAGUACUUCGGUUCAAAACGAAAGGUUUGUCAAUUAAAAAAAUGGAAAAACUUCAGUAAUCUCAUUAUUUUUCCAGUGAUGAUGAAUUUUUAUCAAAAUGCGAUUGUGAAAAAAUCAGUUUUGAUAAAAUGAAUGGUAAAUGGGUAAUUGCUUUGGCCUCAACCGGAGUUGCUGAACAAAUCAAUAAUCGAGUUUCUGAUUUGAUUGAAAAGGAGAAUGAGAAAUUGACAUGUUCUCGAUUUGAUUUCAACGCUGGAAAACAAUCAGUCGCUGCUCAAGAUGCUAGAUUAGUUUGGCAAUUCAAAACAUCAAGUAUUGGAAAAAUGUUGAGACUUCGUGGAAAUGCAUUGACUAUGGAUCACGAAUCGGUUCGAGUUCAGAUGACUGAUUUUGAUGGAGAAAAUUUCAGUUUCCCAUGUAAGUAGGGGGUAUAUGUUUCAAAAAAGGGAAACUUGAAUGAAGAUGCUAAACAGUUUAUUAGCAUAUUUUCAGAUUGAAAUAUUUUUUAGCUAGAGUUUGUUCAACAUUUACAUAAGCAUGUCUAAGAGAUCUAUAUUUUUCAGUCUGCGUUUUGAAAUCGGGCGGAGGAUCAUCUUACGACCAUAUUCUUGUCACAAACAGUCAAGGAAACUGCAAAGAUGUUGCUCUUCUAGUUCGAGAUCCACAAGAAUUUUUCGAUAAUCCGGAUAAAAAACUUCAACGAUAUCUCAAAUCAGUAUGUUUUAUUCAAUUAAAAUAUAUGAAUACAAUUUUUUACAGAAAAUCGCAAAUAAGGAGAUGAAUUCUUUGGACGUCGUAGAGUUUGGAGAUUGUUAA